AUGCCCAUCGCAGAGCUCUUUCUUGGCGCCUUUCUUCAGGUGCUAUUUGAUAGGUUGGCCUCUCAUGAACUUCUCAAAUUUGCGCAACACAAGGGUAUCGAUACACUACUAAAGAAUUGGGAGAAGAAGCUGACCAGUAUUGACCAGGUGCUGAUUGACGCAGAGGAUAGGCAACUGACUGGUGAUCUCAGGGUGAAGUCGUGGCUUGAAGAUCUCAGGAACUUAGCCUACGACAUCGAAGACUUGCUUGAUGAGCUUGUCACAGAAUCCGCCAAAAACAAGUCCGAGGCAGAACCCAGCACUAGCAAGGUGAGUUUCCUUCUUCCAAGUUGUUGCUUCAAUUUGAGCUCGAGAGCAUUUAUGUUCGAUCGUAAAAUGCGAGCCAAGAUGGAAGAGAUGGAUAGUAGACUAAAGAAUAGCAUCACUCAGAAAGAUAUUCUGCGCCUGAGAGAGUAUGACGGGCAGCGAUCAGCAUACCGCCCACAGAAUUUGCCUUCUCCCACUACGCAUUUGACCGAGGAAUUUUUCAUUGGUAGGGAGGAUAAAAAGAUGGAGAUCCUCGAAUUACUGACCAAAGAAGAAGACGAUGGAACAUAUACCGAUGUAAAAAAGAUUCCCAUUGUAGGGAUGCCGGGUCUUGGGAAGACGGCUCUCGCUCAGCAAGUUUUCAAUGAUGAUAGAGUCACUAACUAUUUUGAUGUAAAAGCAUGGGCUUGUGUUUCCGAUGAUUUCGAUGUGCUUUCCAUUACAAGGAGUAUCCUAGAGACAACCAACCCCCAGUUGUCCUGUGAACAUAAAUCCCUCAAUUGGCUUCAAGACGAGCUCACAAAAAGCCUUUCAAGGAAAAAGUUUCUCGUUGUAUUAGAUGAUCUUUGGGACAAGAAUUAUGAAAACUGGAUUUUCCUCUUGAAGCCUUUUCGAUCGGGAGCGAAAGGAAGCAAGAUCAUAGUCACGACUCGUGACCGCGAGGUGGCUUCAAUGGUCGAUGCUCGAUUGAUAACUCUAGAAGUGUUGUCACCAGAUUAUUGUAUGGAGCUGUUCGCAUUUCAUGCCCUUGGAGUUCGAAAUUUCAAUAAUCAUCCCAAUCUUGUUGUAUUAGGCCGAAAAAUAGUGGAAAAAUGCAAAGGUUUGCCAUUAGCCGUGAAGGCAUUGGCUGGGCUGCUACGCAAUACAGACAAUCCCCGUGAAUGGGAAGAUAUAUUGAAGAGCAAGAUUUGGGAUAUAUCAGAAGAUAGAAUUAACGUCCUUCCGGCUUUGAAACUUAGCUACCUCCAUCUCCCUUCCCAUUUGAAGAGAUGUUUUGCUUAUUGUGCUAUAUUUCCCAAGGACUAUGAAAUCCAACAGGACGAGUUGAUUUGCUGGUGGAUUGCAGAAGGCUUAGUGGAGGCAAAAGGAGCAAAGAAUAAGUGGAAUGUAGGUUUGGAUUAUUUCAACGACCUAGUAAAUAGAUCGUUAAUUCUAAAGUCGGGUAGCAAUGAAUCACAAUUCUUGAUGCAUGAUCUUGUGAAUGACCUGGCAAAGCUAGUUGCCAGUCCAACUCAUUUUGACUUGGGGGAGUUUAAGGGUGAUCACAAUAAUACAUCUUCAGUUCGUCACGCCUCAUUCAUAUCCAGCGAAUACAUUCUACCAGAAAAAUUCAAGAUAUAUCAUGGAAUGAAGGGACUCAGGAGCUUCAUAUCAUUAAAACCAUUUGGAAAUUACAAAGUGUCCCAAAAAGUGCUAUGUGACCUGUUGUUGGCAUUGAAGUAUUUGAGGGUGCUUUCAUUAAGUCACUACUGGAUAACUGAGAUACCAGAUUGCAUAGGUGAACUGAUGCACCUAAGUGGGAACGGGAAAUGGCUCAAGGUUAGAGGAGUUAAAAGACCUAGAGAUCCUUAG